AUGCCCGCGGUACCCUUCACGGUCAAAGCAGUGUUCGAAUACACCUCAGAACAUGAAGAUGACCUUAAUUUUUCAAUUGGGCAGAUCAUUACAGUGACCGAGGAGGAGGAUGCUGAAUGGUACUAUGGCAACUAUACCGAUGAUGCGGGCGCCAAACAAGAAGGCAUCUUCCCGAGGAAUUUCGUCGAAAAGUACGAACCUCCAGCCCCUCCACGGCCUACGAGGCCUACGAGAACCCGGAAGGAGUCUGAAGCCACGCCUCAAUCUCCACCGUUAGCCUCUGAACCGGGUGUGCCUGAUAUCCCACAAGAGGAGCCUAAGAAGAGGAGUCUCGAUCUGGGUUAUACUGGUGAGACUGCUAAACAGAGUCCGCCUGCUACAUAUGAGGCGGCCAGAAGCUCUGUUGCUCCCUCAUCCCCGCCUUCUCAGAAGCCUGUACCACCUCCGCCUGCAGCACCUGUGGAAGCGCCCGCCAAAAAGGCUCCACCACCGGCGGUUGCAGAAAAACCUACUGUUGGUUCGUUUAGAGACCGAAUUGCUGCUUUUAACAAAGCGUCUGCGGCUCCGAUAACACCCUUCAACCACAACACUAAUACAUCAAGCUCGUUCGUGAAGAAACCAUUCGUUGCACCACCACCCAGUAAAAAUGCCUAUGUUCCCCCGCCAAUUGAACCUCCACAGACAUAUAGGCGAGAUGAGCCCCAGGAAAUCCCAUUACCAAUCCGCUCUUCUGAACCCAUAGACACAACUGAAGCUGCCGAGGAGGAACAGCCCAAACCAACAAGUCUUAAAGAAAGGAUUGCUCUGUUGCAAAAACAACAGUUAGAGCAAGCUACUCGACAUGCUGAAGCGGCUCAGAAAAAGGAUAAGCCGAAAAAACCAUCGAAAAAGAAGGCAGAGCCUCAAGAGCCUCUUGAGCAGCCCGAGGCAACGAUGGGAGUAGAACUGCAGAGAACUGAGACUUCAGAAACCGCAAAGGAAUCGUCAACUACAAGUGGCCCCACUGAGGAUAACAGCCAGCACAAACACCGGGCUUCUGUCUUACCGCCUGCUAGAGAGCUCACCAGCGACACUAAUGACGCCGAUAAUUCAGCAGCUGGAGAUACCGAAGAGGCGAGUGAAACUUCAACAAGCAAGGAAGAACUGGAAGAAAAGGCAUCUGAGCCAAGACCUCAGAGGCACACCGAAGACGAUACCCGCCGAGAUGAGAAUGAGUCUGAGGAAGAGGAGAGUGAGGAGCAAGAAGAAGAGAUAGACCCUGAAAUCAGACGGCGAAUGGAGCUUCGUGACCGAAUGGCCAAGAUUAGCGGAGGAAUGGGGAUGAUGGGCAUGUUUGGUGCUCCAGCUGGUCUACCAGGCAUGCCCACCAGCGGAUAUAAAAAACCAAAGGCCGCGUCAGGAGAUACAGGAACCACGGAUCAGCAACCAGACCCACAAACGUAUGCUCCUCCUGUUCAGCUUAUGGCUCUUCCGGGGAUGCAUUCUAGAAAGCCAGAGGAAACACCCAAAAGCCCACCUGCAGUUCCAGAAGAACGUAGCGAAGCACCAGUGCCUCCCCAGUCCUUACCUACAGAUUCAGAGGAUAUUCCGGAAGAUGGUAGCGAAGAACCGGUCACACCACAUGAACGCCCUGUACCUCCUCCUCCAGUAACCCAUAAUCUCCCUCCUCCACCACCUCCUCCAGAAACUCGACCCGUCCCACCUCCACAAAGAAUAUUGACUUCUCCCUCUCUUGGGACCAAAGCUGACGAUGAAGCCGUCUUAUCUCCAGUCCGGCCUGAAAAAGGUGACGAGGAAGCAUACCUUGCAGGGAAUGAGCCCCCCAGGAGCGCACGCCAGUCUAUGGACCAAACCAUAGGUUCAUCUCCUAUAUCAUCUCCUGUGUUAGGGCCAGGAAAGAGGCAAAGCCAACCGCCUCCUCCAGUCCCGUCGGCCCCCCCAGUGCCAUCAUCAUCCCAAGCUCGCCCUCCCCCUCCCCCUCCACCAAUGGAUCCAAUCCCCCGCAAAUCUACAAAUGAUAGCAGGAUGAGUUCACAGACACCGACUCGUCUAGCUGGCGGUGAUAGCGAGGAAGAGAUAACAGAGUAUGAAGGUGACUACGAUACGGAUAUAGCGUCCGGUGCCAAACACAAAGAUGCCCUGAAGGCACAUGCCCGCGACUCUAGUGUAGAUGAAGGGACAUUAGCGGACUCUUUUAGCCCGCAUUCACCCAGGAGCCCUAUAGAAACGCGGCCACCAAUCCCACAAACGGCUCCUUCAACGGCUGCCCCUCGUUCAGCACCACCACCUCCUCCCCCUAGCCAGCCACCAAAGGCUGUACGACAGUCGGUUGAUAUGCCACGAGCCCCUCCACCUCCGAUCCCUGCUACAAAUAUGUACAACCAAGAGGAUGAUGUCUAUGAACAGGGACGCGAGGAAGUAUCUGACCAGUACAGAUACGAUGCACCACCUAGUGUUCCACCUCACCGGGACCGAGGCGAAUCCCAAAUCAGACAAGUUGAGGAGAAUAUGCCAUACGAAGCACCACAACACACUAUGGCUUCCCCCCAGUCUUCACGUCCAUCUCGAGGCUCGGCUGAUCUCCUACGAGGGCAAACAACAACACGCCGGUCCAUGGACAUUUCUCGGCCAUCGAUUGAUCAAGGAUAUAUUGCAAACGAUGUAGAUCUUGCGUCUGGUUCCCUCUGGUGGACACAACCAAAUACUCCACCUCCGGUAUUCCAAGGUCGACGAGACAUUCUCUUCGAAAUUGAGGAAUCCUCUACGAACAAGCGAGGGGGCAAAGUCACCGUAUCAAAGGACGUUUACAUCCUAUUUAUGGACUACUCUCAAACAAUCAUAUCUGCACAGUUUGAUUACAAAAAUCCUGCCGAUGUAGCGCUAGAGCAGCGCCACGAACCACCACCGCCUCGAUUACGUCAAGAUCAACUUGAGGAUGCCCACGCCCAGUUUGGUGCCCGCAUCUCGGAAUCAGUGGCCGCAAAACAAAACACUACUAUUGGAGACGGUACACCCCAUGCUCUCAUCCAAACACUCCUUUCUCCUCUCAAAGAUGCCCUCCUCCCAGUUGGCGUCCGCAGCUACGGCGCCCUAGUAUAUGCCAACCUCGCUAAUGCCUCCGUCCAACAAUUUGAUGAAAUCCGUCCCGGCGAUAUAAUCACCUUCCGCAACUGUCGUUUCCAAGGCCACCGCGGCACAAUGCAUCAGAAAUACUCAUCUGAAGUAGGGAAACCUGACCAUGCCGGGAUCGUAUCUGAUUGGGACGGGACCAAGAAAAAAGUACGAGCCUGGGAACAAGGUAGGGAAAACAAAAAGACGAAAAUUGAGAGCUACAAACUAGGAGACUUGAAGAGUGGCGAAUGUCGUGUUUGGAGAGUCAUGUCUCGUACCUGGGUUGGCUGGGGUGGAGAGCACAAAACCUGA